AUGGAAGACCCUGAUCAGACACAUCCUUGCGCGAUCUGUCUCGAUGGCAUGGUCGCCGGCGGUCGGCAGGCCAUCUUCACGGCGGACUGCUGCCACGCGUUCCACUUCAACUGCAUCUCCACCAGCGUCGCUUACGGCCACCUGGUCUGCCCGCUCUGCAAAGCGCAGUGGCGCGACCUGCCGAUCGUGCGGCUGCCACCACCUGCGCCUCCGCCUCCGCCGCCCCGUGCCAGGCGUGUCCCGCAGCCUCCGCCCGUGCGGCCGACAUCAUCGUGGCCGCGCAUGCCCACCCAGCAACGAAGACCGCCGCCACCGUCCGUGCAUUUCCUGUACGGUCAGCCACUGCCCGUGAAUUUCGUGAACGGUCAGUCCCCGCCAUCGCCGCCGCAGCCGGUGCGUAAUGAGCAGGUUCAGUCACCGCCACCGCCCAUCUUCGGCGACGACGAGCGGCUUGGUCCGGCCUAUGGGCCAGCAGGGGCUGCACCGAACGGAGCAGUGGUCGUCAAGAUGCACAGCGAGUAUCCGGCCAUUGCGUGGGACUCGUCCAGCGACAGCUUUGCCGUGCUCGUGCACGUGAAGGCUCCCAGGAUCACGGAAACCAUGGUGCCCGGUGGGGAGGCGCCCCGCGCGCCGCUGGACCUCGUGAUGGUGCUCGACGUCAGCGGCAGCAUGUGUGGGUACAAGCUGGCGCUGCUGAAGCAGGCAAUGAGGUUUUUCAUCGACAACCUUGGCCCAGACGACCGCCUCUGCGUCGUGUCCUUCUCCUCCGAGGCGCGCCGGGUGACCAGGCUCACGCGCAUGACGAACGCCGGGAAGGCUCUGUCCGUGAGCGCCGUGGAGUCCCUCGCGGCGCGCG